UAGGGAAAGAAGUCGUAAACACAAACCCAGAGGAGAACGGGAUUAAAAAAACCAAUAGGAAAAAGGGAGAGAGAGAGAAGGUGGUGACUUUACAUAUACCUUUGUUAUUUAUAGUCCACUUUCAAGGGCAAGAUUCUUGGGCUCCUAACACUAUAAUAUCAUCCAUUUAUUUCAGGCUCAGCUUUCCAUUCAUUUUUUAAAGGGAAGAAGAAUAUGAUCUAGUUCCUAUAAGAUCUGCAAGUGGGAAAAUAUAACUUAAAAGCAAGCUCCAAUGGAUUUGGUUCAGUUGCAAAGGCAGUUUGUUGACUACAAAACCUCACUCUAUCAUGAGGGUUUUCUGGAUGAACAAUUCACCCAACUUCAAGAACUUCAAGAUGAAAACAACCCAGAUUUUGUGGUUGAAGUGGUGUCUCUUUUCUUUGAAGAUUCUGAAAGACUUCUCAAUGAACUGGCUAGAGCUCUAGAGCAGCAGAACAUAGAUUACAAAAGGAUUGAUGCUCAUGUUCACCAGUUGAAAGGUAGUAGCUCCAGCAUUGGCGCUCAGAGAGUUCAGAAAGUCUGCAUAGCCUUCCGCAACUACUGCGAGGAGCAGAACGUCGAAGGGUGUCUUAAAUGUCUGCAACAAGUGAGGCAUGAGUAUUCGCUUGUGAAAACCAAGCUUGAAUCUUUGUUCCAGCUUGAACAGCAGAUCUUGACUGCUGGAGGCUCAUUUCCGAUGUAAUAGUUUGGCUUCAAAAAGAGACCUAAAAAUCAUUUGCAGAGAAAAAACAAGGGACCAAAAAUGAUAUUUUGGCAAUGUAGAAAAAGUUAUUUUCUUUUAUCUUCGUUGGUUUUCAAUUAUUGCAGUUUUAGUAGGGUAACUAAGCUACUGAAGGGGGUCUAUCUACUUUCGAGCUUAAGCUUGUAUCAUAUCUUCAGUGUAUGAGCAAUGACAAAGAAUGUGAAUAAAACCCUUCCAGCUCUUUCCUUUA